GUAUGCCGACGCGGUCUUCACGUUUUGGCGGCGCGGUCGCAACACCACACAUACAAGAUGGCCAAGCGGAAACAGGACCCAGAAGAGCUGCCCGAUGCGCCCGAGAGCAAGGGAAAGGACAAGAAGAACAAUGACGAGUCCGAUAGCGACGAGGACAUGGACAUGGUGAACGUAGAUUUUGAGUGGUUCGACCCCAAUCCUGAGGUCGACUUCCACGGCCUGAAAAGCCUACUGCGCCAGCUGCUCGAUGUCGACAACCAGCUCUUUGAUCUCUCUGAGCUCGCCGACCUGAUCCUGUCGCAACCCCUACUAGGCAGCACGGUCAAGGUCGAUGGCACCGAGACAGAUCCGUAUGCGUUUCUGACUGUGCUGAAUCUGGAGACGCACAAGGACAAGAAAGUGAUUCGCGAUCUGCACGCCUACCUCAGCAAGAAGGCACCCGAGCUGCUCCCGGCCGCGCCUGCCCAAAUCGGCCUCAUCUUGACCGAGCGCUUCAUCAACAUGCCCCACGAGAUCGUGCCGCCCAUGUACACGAUGCUGAUGGAGGAGAUCCAGUGGGCUGUCGAAGAGAAGGAGCCGUAUGCAUUCACACACUAUCUGGUGCUCUCGAAAGCGUACUCUGAGGUGGCGUCGAGUCUGCCUGCAGUGGGGCAGCCGCCCAGCAAGAAGAAGAAGGCCGGCAAGACCGAGGACGAGACGUUCUACUUCCACCCUGAGGAUGAGGUGUUGCACCAGCAUGCUGCGGGCUACACAACAUUUGACUACGAUACCCCGGUGGACGAGGGCGCGAGCGACAGCAAGAGGGCGUUCCAGGAGAUGGGCGUCAAGCCGCAGGGCCACCUGGCGCUGAUUGAGGCGGGCAAGUUCGCAGGCGCGGUGGAAGCCGUCAAGGCAUUCCUCGGUGGUCAGUAGUCAUGAAUCCAAACGCGUGGACCACAUCAUUGCAU